AUGGUGUGGUACGCCCUCGACCGCGCCCUCGUCCUGCCGGAGUGCGUUAUUGAGUUCAGCUAUAUGCCAGGGAUCCCGCCGAUGGCCGCGCCGAUGCCCGGGAUCGCCUUCGCGAUGCCCGACGCCCUGCGCGAGGAGCUCGAGGGGCUCUUCGGCUGCCCCUACGCCCUCCCCCCGCCCCCCACCGCGCGCGAGGGCGACGUCGUGAGCGAAUCCAGCGAGGAAAGCCACACGGAGCGGCCGAGCGCGGAGACCGCCCCCGCCGCCGCCCUCAUCGACGCGAACAGCCCUUGGGUUUGCGUGCGCGAGUGCGGCUCCCCCCUCGUCGCCGCCCUCCACUUCUUCCGCACCGGGCUGCUCGAGCAAAUCACGAAAACCGACGUCGACCUCGCCACCACGGCCGCGCGGGGGAUUCUUCGCCUCCCGCGACGCUCGCUGAACGAGCGGGCGGACGCCGAUAUCGCGCGAAUCGGGACGCCGACGAGGGACUCCACCACCGAGAUGCCCUCAGCGGAGCUUCGCGUGCUCGAUGGCGCGACAAUCCACGACUAUUGCACCCAGCUCGGGCUUCCCACAGAGGGGAAAGGCAAAUCGGGAACGUCGUUGGUCUUUUGCUGCCUCCAUCGCCGCUCCAUCCUCGCCCUCAACGACGACUUUCACACCCCUUUGUGGGGCUCGCUCUUGACGUUAGACCUCAGCUCGAACGGGAUCGUCCGGAUCUCGUUCCAGGCCCUCGCGGAUUGCGCGCCCAAUUUGCAAUAUCUUUUCCUCCAAGGGAAUUCCAUCUCUGCACUGGAUCUGAAGAAGGUUCGCUUCGAUUCGCUUUACACCCUAGAUCUGAGCUAUAACCUCUUACCCACUGUCGAGAGCCUUCACGAUCUCCCAGAGUCUUUCCCGAAACUUCAGUCCUUAUCGGUCCAGAAAAAUCCUUUCAUCCAACGCGAAAAAAACGCCCUUCUUCGCCUUCUUUCUCUCUUUUUUUGUAAUCCCGCUCUAGUGCGCUCCUCCGUUUGCCUUCAUACGUUGAAUAACGUAUCGCUGAAAGCAGGCAAUAACUGCUCUUAUUGGGGGGUCUUAAUCAACCGAACCCUCGCAGUCUCUGCCUUACCGUCGACCGACGUGUUAUCGCUGAUGUUUUCCUGGUUUUCCGCCGCGGCGUCGUUUUCGCUGGCCUCGCUUCGGGAUUUGGACGUCUCGAAGGUCGAUUCCCGCGCGAUCCUACAAACCGUGGAGGAUAUUUCCAAAAUGCAGGAUCCCUUCUCGCUCGACUUCGGCGGGAUUCCCGAGCGCGCGUACGAGGCGACCCUCGCCGAGGUCACCGCUUCCGCCUCGGAGGAGGUGGAUCACUCGCCCAAUUCGAUCUCCGCGCGGGAAAGGGAUACGACGAUGGCGGAUCCGCUGUUUUGCGAGGGGGUUUUAUCCGCCGUGGAGUCUUUCGCGUACGGCGAGAGCCUUUCGCGGGAUUUGUCCUGCGUGCUGCAUCUCAUGCCGAGCCUCCGCCACCUCACGCUGCGGAAUCACCACCUCACCGACCUCUCGCCCUUCCUCGCGCUCCCCAGCCUUGAGGAGCUAAACGUCCAGGAGAAUGCGAUCGAGCAGCUCCCCAACCUCACCGAACUUUGCAAGCUCCGCAGGCUGGAUGUUUCGUUUAAUUUGAUCACCUCGCUCGCGGAGAUGGGGCCGGUGCCGCAUCUUCAGAUCCUCAACGCGAGCAGCAAUGCGUUGGUCGAGCUCGAGAGCGACUUUCUCGCGCAGAUGCGCGAGUUGGAGGAGCUUUACCUCGCGUCGAAUCAAAUCAGCUCGAUCAACAGCUUCUACGCCCUCAAAGACCUCCCGAAGCUCAUUUCGAUGGAUAUUAGCGGGAACCCGUGCAUGGACGGGGGAGGGGGGACGGCGCCCUCGAACUCCUCUCGCCAGGGCAGUAAUUUGUUCCCCUGCUAUUAUGUCAUCUACCAUUUCACGAAUCUGAAGGUGUUGAAUGGGAUUUCGAUCUCGCAGGAGGAUCUGCAGGGCGCGCACGAGGAGUUCGCAGGGCGGAUCAGCGCCGAUUUGUUGGUGGAGCGUGCACACGCCUCGACCUCGCUUUGGGGAACCCUCACCGAGCUCGAUCUUUCGCACUGCAUGCUCAAAGAGGUCAGCAUGAUCACCGCAUUUCCCAAGUUAAAACUGCUCAAACUCAACCACAACCUGCUUAUGCAGGUGGAGGGGGUGGGCAGCCUGCGCAAUUUACGAGCUUUAGAUCUUUCGUUUAAUCGAUUGGGCUCGCUAACGUCCUCCCGCAGCCUCGGCGAGGUCUUGGGGCCGCUUACCCAUCUGGAAUCCCUCUCUCUAGAGUCGAAUCAUAUCACAAAUCUCGACGCCCUCUCCCUCAACUUCCCGAAGCUUUAUUUUUUAAAUCUUAAGUCCAAUGAGCUACAGUAUUUGGACGGGGGCCUUGAGCACUUACCGCGUCUAAUCGAGCUCAUUAUUGACCAGAAUAAACUGCGGAUGAUUGGGCCGGAAUGUCUUUCGGCCUGCGCGGGGACGUUGACGGUUUUAUCCGCAGAGGAGAACGUCAUCCGGACGACGGACGGGCUUUCCUCGCUCAAACGCCUCGAACAGCUCUACCUUGGGUUAAAUCGCCUGGGGGACCUCCAAGGGCUGCUGUCGAACCUCACGGCGAGCGCGGGGACCCUCUCGGAGGUGGUCUUCACGGCCAACCCCCUCACGCGAAAGUCGAAUUAUCGUCAAAAAGUCGUUUUUGCCUUUCAGCGGCUGAAAUCGCUGGAUCGCCGUACCGUCUCCAGCGAGGAUCGCAGGCGAGCGGAGCAGAUUAAACGCAAUGAAUGCGUGGUUCCACCAAACGUCUUUCUCGACAUGGGCGGGAUCGAUAAUACGACAGUAAAUAGCAGCGCGAUUACUAACAAUACUAAUACUAACAUCACUAAUACUAAUACUAAUAUUAAUUCCAAUCAAAACAAUGGUACUAUACAGGAGGUCAUCAAACCCCGCCCUCUGGCCCUCAACAACAGUUCUAUUGUGGCUUCCACAACGGCGCUGCCGUUGAGAAUUCAUCAAUCUCGCGCCGGGGGGAGCAAAAAUACGGCGGGAAAUGGGAGCACUAAUACAGUAAAUAAUAACGGAGGAACCUCCGGGGCGGAUGUCCAGCCGAUGACCGCGCCGUUCGGGAUUGGCGUGAGCACGGACCCACGGACAGGGCGGGGGAUCACCAUUCCCUUUCCUUGCGUCUUACGUUCCCUCCCCGUCCGCCCUAUGCACAUCCCUCAAAAAACAAACGAAAACUCUACCCAACGGAACCCCAAUAUUCGAAAUACAAAAUAUUUUUACCCCGGCUCCAAUCGAUAG